GAGCAUCUGGCAGCAACAGAUGUAAACAAUGAAGGCCUUGCCUGUUGUCACUUUGGUCUUAUUUAGCGUCAGUGAAUGUGUUAUUUCCUUCGAUAUCACUGGUGGUCUCUUUAAGACAUACCCAAAGCACCCAAAUCUACGAUACUAUGAAGUUAUCGACUCAUCGGCUUUCAACCACCACAUCGUUAAGAGAGGGAUUAAAGAGAGUAAUCAUCGAUUCAAUAAAAUCAAAGAAGUUCAGUUCAGUGCAUUAGGAAGGGAUUUCCGUUUGAUACUCAAUCCUCGGAAAGGACUCCUUCACUCACAGUUCAAAGCUUAUGCUAUAGAUGGCAGGGGCAAUGAGAAGAUCAUUCAUGUGGACCAUGAAAACUUUUAUGAAGGUCGUGUCUUUGGGGAGAAGACGUCAGAAGUGUCAGCCCACUUGGAAGAUGGGGUUAUGACAGCGACCAUACACACUCCUGAUGACACGUAUCAUAUAGAGCCAUCAUGGAGACACAUACCAGAUACCAGAGAAGACUCCAUGAUCGUGUACAGAGGAUCGGAUGUGAAGUACAGCUGGGAAGACAACCAUCCAAGCCUCAAAGGACACAAAAUGUGUGAUUAUGUUAAAGAAGGAAAUGAAACAACAGAGACAGAUGAUGAAGAUGAAGAAUGGAUAGAAGGUUACGAGCCUCCAGAGGGAAUCCUCCCAGAGACUUUGCCUGAAGAGCACGGCCCCAAAAGGAGAGUCAAGAGACAACAGGCGGAACAGUACAACUUCAAUGGGGACAAGACACGAUGUCCGCUGUUACUAGUGGCUGAUUACCGCUUCUUCAGGGAAAUGGGCGGCUCAAACUACAAGACCACUGUAAACUACCUGAUCAACCUUAUUGAUCGUGUGGACAAGAUUUAUGAAAACACAGUAUGGCGAGAUGGUGUGGACACGGCUGAUUUCUCUGGCAUGGGUUUUGUCAUCAAGAAAAUUUUAGUGCACCAAGAAUGGUCUCCAGUAGGUUCCAACCAAGUGCACUAUAACAUGGAACGCAGCUCCUGGGAUGUGCGUAACCUCUUGGAAAUAAAUAUUGCACAAGUAAUGGUCCUAAUCAACCUUAUUGAUCGUGUGGACAAGAUUUAUGAAAACACAGUAUGGCGAGAUGGUGUGGACACGGCUGAUUUCUCUGGCAUGGGUUUUGUCAUCAAGAAAAUUUUAGUGCACCAAGAAUGGUCUCCAGUAGGUUCCAACCAAGUGCACUAUAACAUGGAACGCAGCUCCUGGGAUGUGCGUAACCUCUUGGAAAGGAAAUCAAAAGCACCAGUAGGAUUGGGUGAGAGGAAUCUAGUCACAGGUCAUGUAUCGUGUCACAGGUCUAUGGAGUCUGGGAAGCGAAUGCUGAGGUAUGCACCCUAUUUGUUCACCUGUAGGUUCAAGGGAAUGAGAUUAAGGAGACCGAUUUUCAUUUUUUCUUUCUCUUCAUUCCAUUGUGCAGAAUACUUUAAGAAUGGACACACACUCUACCUGAACUCCGGCCUGAGUUCAUCCAGGAAUCACUACGGGCAGAGGGUGAUCACUCGUGAGGCAGAUCUCGUCACGGCACACGAGUUUGGACACAACUGGGGCUCAGAGCACGACCCAGACCGGCCGGAGUGCAGCCCCAGUGCCAGUCAAGGAGGGUCAUAUCUCAUGUACACAUAUUCUGUGUCUGGUUAUGACAUCAACAACAAGAGGUUCUCACCAUGCAGUCUCAGAGCAAUUCGUGCUGUCCUAGUUGCCAAGUCCUCUCGCUGCUUCACUGAGCCCGAGGAGAGUUAUUGCGGAAACCAGCGCGUAGAAGGCCAGGAAGAAUGUGAUGCAGGGCUGGUAGGCCAGGAUGACUUAGACGCUUGCUGUGACAAGCACUGCAAAUUGCGAGAAAGAAAGACUUGCAGUGACAGGAACUCUCCCUGCUGCCAGGGCUGCCAGUACAUGAACCAGGGUGUCAAGUGCAGGGAGCAACAGCCAGCCACAUGCGAGAAUGAGUCUAGGUGUCUAGGCACAACGGCAGUUUGUCCCAAGGCCAAACCUAUGGAAGACGGCACUCCCUGCAUUGAGAAGGGCCAGUGCCACCAGGGAUCCUGUCUUCCCUACUGUGAGACUCAGGAAAUGCAGAGCUGCAUGUGUGAUACCAUUGAUGACGCUUGUAAAAGGUGUUGUCGCAAGACGCUGAACGACACCUGCUUCCCGGUCACACCCUUAGACAUCCUUCCUGAUGGCACUCCCUGUAUUCAUGGAUUCUGCAAUAAGGGAAAAUGUGAGAAGACAGUGCAAGAUGUUGUAGAACGUUUCUGGGACAUCAUAGAGGACAUUAACAUUAACACUGUACUGAUGUUCUUGCGUGACAACAUUGUAGGGACAGUGAUCAUCAUCUCUGUCAUCAUCUGGGUCCCAGCGUCGUGCAUUUUCAGUUACGUUGACCGCCGGCGACAAGAGGAUUACCGCAAGCAAUGUGAAGAGUAUAGAGCCUUUGUUGAGCGCUGGAAGAGAAGGACUGCUGCUCAUGGUUUCCCUAAGCCAAAAGUAGCCACCACCUCCUUUAUGGAUGUAGUUGAUGAUGCAACCAAAAGUCUUCUUACUAGACCUACUGAGUAGCUGUAGCUCCACACCUCUUUAUCAGAGCACCUGCAUUUGCCUUUGAUGCUGUGAUUUUUUUUUUUUUUUUUUUUUUUUUUUUUUUUUUUUUUUUUUUACAAUUCUUGCAUGAAUUACUGUAUAUUUAUGAUUUAUGGACUUUAUGUAUCUUUGUUUUAUUUCCAAAGUGUAUGUAUCACAAAGGGGUAAAGAAUAUGUGCAUGAUUGCUCAUGUAGUUGCACACUAAGUCUUGAUGUGCAAACACGUUUAAUGCAUAAUACAACUUCAUCCUUUGCCCUUUCCUUGUUCACUGAGUUUCUGUUGCACACAUUAUCUUUUAAACAACAGAUUUUGCAACAUGUCUCAGAAGGUAUGUUUCAAUAACUAUAAUCUGUUCCAUUAUCUCUGGGACAAAAUUGGAAGUUGAAAGGAGGCCACAACUCAUCCAGAAAGUGGUAUGUUGUGUGUAAAAUUGCAAUCUUUUCAAAAGUUAUUGCCUCAAACUAAUUCUAUUUUGCACUAGACUUUGUGGAACAGACCAUAGUAAAUCUCUAUCAGGACACAAAAAGAGUGCAGAAAAUAGUGAUGGAGCAAAGGUAAAGUAAACUAAAACAACUCUUGUUUUUAGUCAUUGACUAGUCACGGAUUUAUCUACUAUUGUUAGGUUUUGUUGCAUGCAAUACUGUGUCUUUCAGAUUAUACAUUUUUUUUACAUAUUUUGUCACAAAACUUGACAUGUGUUUCUGGUGCCUCUUGGUAAUGAUUUUUUGAGGUAGCGGGUUUUUAAGAUUUUCAGAAGUGUCCUUUGCUCUAGUUUCAAGGUUUUUGUAAAUUUGGUCUCUUCAUUGAGAAAAGUUAAGCAAGACUUGAAAAGAUAUAUAAUUCUAAAAGAAGCAAAGUGAAAGUGGUAUCAACAUAUAUGAAGUCUGCAGUGCUGGCAAAACACACACACAUGCACACAGGGCGUGUGUGCGCGCCCACACACCCACACACCCACACCCACAACCACGCACUCUUCACUCAUGCACUCAUG